CAAAUGAUGAAAUGAAUGACUGAUAAAAAGGAGAGCCCCCACUGCUUUCCAUUCCUUUCUCCCUUCCAUUUCAACCGCUUCUCAACACAGUCAAGAAUCCCAAACCUCAAAAACCAACCAAAAUUCAUAAGAAAUACUGAGGGAGAAUCAUCUCCCUCCUCCCACCCCCCUCAUUCAACCUCUCAAGCUGAGGAAGAAGAUCCAGUAGCCAAGAUGGAUGGAGCCCAGGCAUCUAGAUAUUGGUGUUACCACUGUUCAAGGGUGGUGAACCCAAUCAUGGAGAUUGAGCCAUUAAAAUGCCCCAUCUGUCAAAGUGGCUUUGUGGAGGAAAUGGAAUCUGCAGCCGCCCCGGAAACUACUAACGAGAACGCCUUCGAUUUUGGGGGGGCUGAUUCGGAACGAGCACUCUCCCUUUGGGCGCCAAUCUUACUCGGCAUGAUGAGCAACCCACGUCGCAGGCGUAGUAGUAGCAGCAGGUUCAGGCGCAUGGAGUUUGAAGAAGAGGAUGAUGAGGACAAUAAUAAUAAUAAUAAUAAUAAUAAUAAUAAUAAUGAGCGUAACCAUGAGGAGGGUGAUCAGACUGAACUAGACCGGGAACUGGAAUCUAUCAUUCGUAGGAGGAGGAGGAGCUCAGCCACGAUUCUCCAACUCCUCCAAGGCAUUCGAGCUGGAAUGUUAUCUGAGACGGAAAAUUCUGAAGGCGGUGGUGGUGGUGAUGAUAGGGAGAGGGAGAGGGAGAGGGACCGAGACAGGGAAAACAGGGACAGAGAGCGCGUGAUUUUGAUAAAUCCUUUUAAUCAAACCAUCAUAGUUCAGGGUUCUUAUGACUCGAAUACCAAUUCAGGGAACCAUAACAUGGGCUCCUUGGGUGAUUAUUUCAUAGGACCCGGUUUAGACAUGCUACUGCAGCACUUGGCUGAGAACGAUCCGAACAGGUAUGGCACCCCGCCAGCUCAAAAAGAGGCAAUCGAGGCAAUGCCAAUGGUAAAAGUUGAGGAUUUGUUGCAGUGUUCUGUCUGUUUGGAAGACUUUGAAGUUGGGUGUGAAGCAAAAGAGAUGCCUUGUAAGCACAAGUUCCACAGCGGGUGUAUCCUCCCGUGGCUGGAACUUCACAGCUCCUGUCCCGUGUGUAGGCACCAGCUGCCUUUCGAUGAUUCAAAGCUCGAGUCCAACGGGUCCAGGGAUAAUGCAGCGAUGAACAUGGAUGGCAAUAGAGGAGAUGGAGGAGGAGACCCUAAUGGAGAUGCAAGAAAUGAAAAUGGACGACAAUAUUCAGUUCCGCUUCCCUGGCCAUUCAGUAGUUUGUUUUCACCCUCAACCUCAGCCCCGGGGACCCAAUCUAAUGCUGAUGGUCAUUCACCAUCAAGCCCACCAACAAAUGCUACCCCGGGGGCUCAUAGUCAUACACACGAGGACUAAACUUACGAAUGUAAGUCAUUGCCAUCUGCUGCGUGGACGUUGUUUGCCCUUGCUGCUGCUCAUGUACAUAGCGCUUUAAAUGCUACAUUAUUAUAAGUUUGCAAUAUAUAUAUAUAUAUAUGAAUGAUUGUACUUUUGCAAGCCUGUAACUAUAUGGAGGGUAUGUAUGCCUAUGCCAUUGUCAUGUCUGCGGUCUGCCUUGUUAGACAGACCUGCAAACAGCACAUCUGCCGGAGGUUUUCCUUUUUUGUAUAGUUUCCAAUAUGAGAAUGAGAUUCUCUCUUUGCAUA